AUGAAUACAAGAGGCUAUACCAAAACCAUUCCUAGGUUUGUCAACUGUGAUUCCUGGGAAUCUGGGAUAGUUGUACAAUACACGACAAAAGGGAAACUGUCUAGCACUGCUGGUCAGGUUAUUCGCUGCAAAGCUGCUGUGUCAUGGGAAGCAGGGAAGCCACUCGUGAUUGAAGAAGUGGACGUUGCACCUCCGCAGAAAAUGGAAGUUCGAUUGAAGAUUCUAUUCACCUCCCUUUGCCACACUGAUGUUUACUUCUGGGAAGCCAAGGAGCAGACACCGCUUUUCCCUCGGAUCUUCGGUCAUGAAACUGGAGGAAUCGUAGAGAGUGUAGGUGAAGGUGUGACAGAUCUCCAACCGGGUGACCAUGUUCUUCCCAUGUUUACUGGCGAGUGCAAGGAGUGUCGUUACUGUAAAUCGACAGAAAGCAACAUGUGUGACCUUCUCAGGAUAAAUACUGAUAGAGGGGUCAUGAUCAAUGACGGCAAGACGAGGUUCUCUAAAAAUGGGCAGCCAAUAUAUCACUUUCUUGGAACUUCCACCUUUAGCGAAUACACUGUGGUGCAUGUUGGCUGUGUUGCCAAAAUUAAUCCUGCAGCACCACUUGAAAAAAUUUUGCCUGAAGGACUUGGUGCAACUUUGAACGUAGCCAGACCGAAGAAGGGUUCGACUGUUGCUAUUUUUGGAUUGGGAGCUGUAGGACUUGCUGCUGCCGAAGGAGCUCGAAUUUCUGGAGCUUCAAGAAUCAUUGGUAUUGAUUUGAACCCUAAUCGAUUCGAGGAUGCAAAGAAGUUCGGUGUUACUGAGUUUGUGAAUCCCAAAGAUCAUGACAGGCCAGUUCAACAGGUGUUAGCUGAGAUGACUGACGGAGGAGUCGAUCGAAGUGUUGAGUGCACUGGAAAUGUUGAUGCUAUGAUCUCCGCAUUUGAAUGUGUUCAUGAUGGCUGGGGCGUUGCUGUGCUUGUUGGCGUUCCGAACAAGGACGAUGCAUUCAAAACUCAUCCAGUCAAUCUGCUAAACGAGAGGACUCUCAAGGGAACCUUCUUUGGAAACUAUAAACCGCGUAGUGACAUCCCAUCUGUUGUUGAAAAAUAUAUGAACAAGGAGCUGGAGCUAGACAAAUUCAUCACCCACCAAGUUGGUUUCUCGGAGAUCAAUAAAGCUUUUGACCUCAUGCUGCGAGGAGAGAGUCUUUGCUGCAUCAUAAACAUGGAAGCUUAA